AUGCAAAUUGUGAAAACGAGUGAACUGAGGAAAAAAAUGAGUUUGUCUCCUCAAGAAAGACCCAAUGCAAUGAACUUGACAAUCAAGAUUACGAUGCAACAGCGUACUAAAAAAUGUUUCAUACUGGUAGCUGCGUUUGUCGCUUUGACCUUGUCAAAAGUAUCAGGGUUUAGCUUUCAAGGAAAGGAUCGAAACGCGUACCACCAAGCCAAAAAGACAACACUGGUGGCGGACCUUGUGCCGUCCAACAAAUCAGUUGAAGGCGAACCCAAUAUUCUGGUUCCUACCGUGUCGUCUGCUCUCGCAUCAAGCCCCAAAGUAGGCCCAUCAUCCAUUUUGACCUCUGCACGAUCGUGUAAGAUCAAGCGUAUUCAGAAAUACGCGCGCUUACCGGUAUGGCCUGCUUGGAAUGGUGUCUUUUUGUUCCUAGUUGGGAAAGUGUUUGGUGAAGAAACGGCUUCCAAACUUGAACAAACCAUCACGGGUCGCGUUUGCCCCAACUUUUAUGAAUACGAGGAAACCACGCCCUUCAUAAUGAUGGUUCACCACUGCCAUACAUUUGCAGCGUUUGAUCCGCUGCGGUUUUUCCAAAAAACUUUCUUUCCCGAGGGCUUUCCCGCACAUCCGCAUCGUGGUUUUGUCACACUUACUUACAUUCUCCAAGGCGGAUUUAUACACCGUGACUCGCAAGGUAUUCGCCAAGAGUACGGACAAGUGGAUAGUGCCAUAGCGAGAUACAAGAAUAAACAUUCUCAAUGGUUGAAUACGGGAGCUGGUAUUCUGCACGAAGAAAUGUUUGACCUUCAGCAAGAGAAGCCAUUUUGGCAGCGACCAGUGUUUCAACGACAGGAGCUAUAUCAACUUUGGAUUAAUCUGCCUGCUUCACAAAAGCUUAAUGCACCUAUAUCGACUGUGUUAGGUGGCGACAACGAGACACCAGUUGUGCAAACACUAGCCGACAACGGCACUGUAUCGACUCGAACGCUGAUCCUAGCCGGUUCCUACGAUGGUGCUAGCGCCACUACUCCGAUUGUUACGCCAAUGUCCAUUUUCCACGUCGUGAUGCAACCCGACGCAACCUGGACGUUCACUUUGCCUCCGACUUACGAAACACUGAUAUUAUAUGUGCGAAAAGGAUGCGUGCUUGACUCCGACGAGGCAUCAUUGCCGGCACAUCAUACAGUCUAUUUCGACGCCCAAGGCGCAAAAUUGAAUGAACAACUUGUUCUUCGCACGGCUGAAGAAUGCGCAGAUUUUCUUGUAUUGGCGGGUGAACCGAUACGCGAACCCUGUGCGGCGCAAGGCAGCAUGGUUAUGAAUGAAGCAAGCGAAAUCCAGCAAGCCUACGCAGAUUACCAGAGGGGCUUGUUUGGUGCUCCCUGGAAGGAAACCUUAGAUGAUGCAGCAUGGCAACAGCAUGUGAAACAGUUUCCAUGUCGCUACUGAGCACUCACUCAUCAAGGACACAGUUGAAAUGGAUCGCCAGACUGCUGCGAGGUGGAAGUCUUCCUUUCGUCCAAUCGUUCCCGAUAUUUCAUAAGGUAUCAUAUCAACCGAACCCGGUUGGAUUCGCGUAUUCAACUUGAGAUAAACUGAAUUUAUUCUUUCAGUUAGCUUCUUUAA